ACUCCACGUGCUUCGCGACUCGGAUCAAAAGUCUUUUUUUAGGCCGUACCAAAAAAUGUUUUUGUUCAGGCGGCAGGUGUCAACAACCUUCACAUCAAAAAACCAUUUAGUCAGCGUGAGUUGUCAAAUAAAAAGUGCUUCCAGACCGAAGUCGAUAUUUUCGUUUAGUAACAUUUUCAGUCACAACCUAUUCGAGGAUGUACCGUUAGCGCCGUUGCGUUACGCCCCUCGCUCCCCGCUCACCCGUUUCUCACAAUAUUCGGUUGCUGUGUCAGUGGGACGGAGCAGCUCAUAUCGUAACCGUUUGACGCGAUCCAGUUGUGAACUUAUCCAGAAGAGGUGUAAUUAUACGAGUGCGACAUCGAAAGGGUUUAAAAUGUGCGAUAAAAAAACAUUUCAGAGACUCCCCAAGACCGUCCGACCGACCCAUUACGACCUUAGUCUUGCGCCCGAUUUGAAAAAACUGAUUUUCCAAGGUGAUGUUGUCAUCGAAAUUGAGGUCAUCGAACCAGUCAAAGACAUAAUCCUCAACGCGCUCAACCUCUGCAUAAAAACUGUCGAAAUCGCAGAUAAGAAAAAUUCCCAAACCGCCGAGAAGGUGUCUAUCCUUCCAGAGGAGGAGAUUGCAAAGUUGAGCUUCGCCGAACCCGUUCAGCCUGGACAACACCAACUCAAAAUCGUCUUCCAGGGCACUUUGAACGACAAGAUGAAAGGCUUUUACAGAAGCAAAUACACCAGUCCCUCUGGGGAAGAAAAGUACGCAGCCGUAACCCAGUUUGAACCAACUGACGCUCGACAAUGCUUCCCUUGUUGGGACGAGCCAGCCCUCAAGGCCACUUUCAACAUCAAACUGACCGUGCCGAAGGAUCUGACGGCUUUAUCUAAUAUGCCAGUUGUGCACUCAUCUGAGCAUGGGGACACCAUCACCUACACCUUUGAGAAAUCGCCGAUAAUGUCGACCUAUCUGGUUGCAGCAGUUGUUGGAGAAUACGACCACAUCGAAGGUAAAUCCGAUGAUGGGGUUCUUGUUAGGGUUUAUACACCUAAGGGGAAGAAGGAGCAGGGUAGAUUCGCCUUGGAAGUUGCGACCAAGGUGCUUCCUUAUUAUAAAUAUUACUUCAACAUCGCUUAUCCCCUGCCGAAAAUCGAUUUGAUUGCAAUUGCCGAUUUCAGCGCUGGUGCCAUGGAAAAUUGGGGACUCGUCACUUACAGGGAAACCUGCCUGCUUGUAGAUUCGGAAAAUACACCUGCAAUAAGGAAGCAAUGGAUUGCUAUUGUAGUAAGUCACGAGCUGGCUCAUCAGUGGUUCGGAAAUCUGGUCACAAUGGAAUGGUGGACCCACUUGUGGCUGAACGAGGGUUAUGCUCAGUUCACUGAGUUCCUAUGCGUCGACCAUCUGUUUCCACAUUACGAUAUUUGGAAGCAAUUCGUCAGUGAAACGUACACAAAGGCUCUGGAACUAGAUGGACUGAAAAAUUCACAUCCCAUAGAAGUACCUGUCGAACAUCCCAAUGAGAUUGAUGAAAUUUUUGAUGACAUCAGUUACAGUAAAGGUGCAUCAGUGAUAAGAAUGUUGCAUCAUUAUAUUGGGGAAGAAGACUUUAGAAAAGGAAUGAACCUUUAUUUAACUCGACAUCAGUACAAAAACACCUUCACAGAAGACCUUUGGGCAGCCUUGGAGGAGGCUAGCAAAAAGCCUGUAGGCGAAGUAAUGUCAACUUGGACUAAACAAAUGGGCUUCCCUGAAGUUAAAGUGUCAGUAGAGAAGAGUGAUGAUAAAAAAGGAGCAAUUCUUAAGUUGAGCCAAAACAAAUUUUCUGCUGACGGUUCUGUUCAUGAAGGUAACUACCUCUGGAUGAUACCUAUAUCUGUAUCUACCUCAAAGAAUCCUAAUAAGGAAGCAGCAAGUACAGUGCUUAAAGCUAAAGAUGGAGAGCUUUUCAUUGAAAAUAUUGAUCCAGAGAAAGACUGGAUCAAAGUGAAUCCAGGUACAAUUGGAUUCUAUCGAACACAUUACUCACAAGAUAUGUUAGAAAGACUGACACCUGCAUUGCAACAACAGACUUUACCACCUUUAGAUAGGUUGGGCAUCAUAGAUGAUUUGUUUGCAUUAGUGCAAGCUGGACAUUGCAGUACUGUUCAAAUCUUAACUUUAUUGAAAGCUUUUGAAGAUGAAACUGAUUACACAGUAUGGUCUUCUAUCUGUGGAAUUCUUGGUAAAAUAUCAGUUCUUCUAAGCCAUACUGAUUGUGAGGAAGCCUUCCAAACAUACCAGAGAAACUUACUCAAAAAAAUUUCCACAAAUCUUGGAUGGGAUUCUAGAGCAAGUGAAACCCAUUUGGACACACUCCUAAGAGGUCUCAUUUUUGGACGCCUUGCCUGGCUGGAUGAUGAAGAAACAACAAAAGAAGCCAGAAAGAGAUUUGAUGGGCAUAUAUCUGGUAAAAAAAGGAUUGCUCCCGAUUUGCGAAGUGCUUGUUACAAAACUGUCUUGAGAGCAGGAGGAGAGAAAGAGUACAACUCUCUUUUGGAGUUAUAUAGGGCAUCUGAUUUGCAUGAAGAAAAGGAUCGCAUCAGUAGAUCACUAGGAGCUACCAAAGAUAUAAAUUUGUUGAAAAAAGUGUUGGAAUUUGCAAUGUCGGAGGAAGUUCGAUCACAGGACACGGUGUUUGUAAUUAUGUCUGUGGCUAUAACAAAAGUGGGUAGAGAUUUAGCAUGGGAAUUUUAUAAGAACAACUGGCGUAAAUUUUUGGAUAGAUAUGAUGGAGGUGGUCUUCUUACCAGAUUAAUAAAAUUCACAACAGAAAAUUACGCUAGCGAGGAAAAAGCCCGAGAGGUUGAAACCUUUUUCAGAGAACACAAGGCUCCUGGCGCCGAGCGAUCUGUACAGCAAGCUGUGGAGACAAUAAGGCUGAAUUCUUUAUGGUUGAAGAGGGACGCAGAUGCGAUCAAGAAGUACUUAAACUCUUAAUUCCAAAGUUUGAAGCCGUACCGGUUUUGAAUAUGUUACUUAACGCCAGUGGCUGUACCUUAUUGUUUUUAUUUUUUAAGUGUGAUUUAUACUUAAUGCCAGAGGUGUACUUAUUGUUUAUGUUAAUUUUACAUUAUGUGUAUAAAUUAUUCAAUCCAAUAAAACAAUUAUUACUCUAAAAUAA